CGGUGCUGGGCCCGGCUUAAUAUUGAUGAGUCGGCGGCGUCUGCGCCGGGGGCUGCCCGAGGCCACGGUGAGGGGCUGGCAGCUCCCCCGGCCCCUCCGCUACGUCAUCCCGGUCAGGGCGGGCGGCGGGCAUGGGGCCGGGGGCGGCGGGGGGCUGAGGGCAGCGGGCAGCAGCCUUUGUACGGUGUACGGGGGGGGGGGAUCCGAGCCGGUGGAUCCAGCGGGGAUGGAGCCUCCCCCGGCGCAGGGAUGCUUCUGCUGCCGCCGCCGCUGCCGCCGCCUCCGUCCCCGCCGGGAGGGAGCGCGGCCCGGGCUGCUCCCGCCGCCGCUGCUCUGAUGCCUUCGCGUUUUCCCUGCCGGCUCCCGCAGCCACGGGGAGCUCUCGCCGCGACCGAGUGAGCCCAAAGCCCUGUCCUCGCCAUGCAGGACCCGGAGCGCGGGGAGCCCAGCGCUGACCCGGCCCCGGGCGAUGCCGUCCCCGCCAGCCCGGACCCGGGCACGAGUGAAAGCGUGAGGGGCGACAGCGACAGGGCGAGCUGCCGGCUGUUCCCGGGGCCCGAGGGGCCCGCAGACCCCCGGCCACAGGAAGAGUCCCCGGGGACCCUCCGCGGCCCUUCGCAGGACCCGCAGCGCGUUCGCGCCGCACCGGAGCUCGUUAGGCCGCUCCGAGCGAUGGACGGGCUCGGAGGCGACCGGACAGACAGACACCCCCAGAGCGGGGCUGACUACGGCUUCCUCGUGAGCCAGAACACGCAGCUGCUGAGCGCGCUGGAGGACCUGCGGCACCGCUGCUCCAGCCUGGCCGAGGAGAACAGCUUGCUGCGCAGGAGCUGCUUCCCCCAGACGGAGGAGAAGGUGAAGCACCUGAAGAGGAAGAAUGCGGAGCUGGCAGUGAUCGCCAAGCGCCUAGAGGAGAGAGCCCGCAAACUCCAGGAGGCAAACCUCAAAGUGGUAACUGCUCCAGUGCAUCUGAAGGGCUCUAGCCUGGAGCUGUGCAAAAAAGCAUUUGCCCGCCAGCGUGCCAAGGACCUGACAGAGCAGGCCAGUGCUCUCCUGGCAAAAGACAAGCAGAUUGAAGCUCUGCAGCAGGAGUGCCGGGAGCUUCAGGCUAAACUCUUCGCAGGGAAGAAUGACCCUCACUGCCUGAACGUCAUUGAGUUUGACCGGCUGCUGCAGGAGUCCCAGAGGGAGGUGUUGCGGCUGCAGAGACAGAUCGCGCUGAAGAAUUUCAAGGAGUGUCUGCGUUCCUCUCAAACCAGUUCAGGUGGUGUUUUGCCAAGUACUGCCACACGCUUGGGACUGCCCGAACCAGUGCUAAAUACCUGCAGCAAAGGUUCACCUCUACCCAAGGAGGCCCACCUGGGAGACCCAGUGCUAGGAGGGGACGCACCCAGGGAGGUGAGACAAGUGGAACCAAGUGUGCAACCGCUGGGACUUGCUUCUGAAGGGCAUGAAAAUUUCCCUCCCAGAAAUGCAAUAACAGACCAAGAGAGCAGCCAACAGAUACAGCAGCUGGAAUUUGAACUCAAGAAAAAGCGCAAAAAAUGUGAAAACCUUGAACAUGAAGUGAGGAAAAGGCAUAAAAGAUGCAAAGAACUGGAGAUCCAGCUGCAGGAGGUACAGAGUGAAAAUGCACGACUGGCUGAAGAGAACUUGCAGCUGAAUGAGAAGGCUGGAUGGGCAGGACAGGUUGAAGCUGAGAAUGCUGACCUGAAAUUGCAAGUGGUUUUGGUUACUAAGGAACGGGAUUCAGUAAUUCAGACAAAUCAAGGACUGCAAAGCAAGCUGGAGAAUCUAGAGCAGGUGCUGAAGCACAUGAGAAAUGUGGCUGAGCGGAGGCAGCAGCUGGAAGUCGAGCACAAGGAAGCGCUGCUAGUCCUGCAGGAGAAGCAAGAGGAGGUCAGGCGGUUGCAGCAGGCGCAGGCAGAGGCAAAAAGAGAACAUGAAGGAGCAGUACAGCUUCUAGAGGCCCGGGUGAAGGAUCUAGAAGAGCAAUGUCGCAGCCAGACAGAGCAGUUCAGCCUCCUGUCUCAGGAACUCAAACAAUUCCGGCUUCAAACAGGAAAAAUCGACCUGCUCACCUCGACCCUGGUGACUUCUGAGCUUCCUCUUGCUCUGUGCAGCUCUACGCCACAGCCCCACGGGGAGAAGGAAUCAACUGUUCCUGGAUUGCUCACUCACCAGAGCACAAAGAAAGUUCACAAUGAAGAGACUGAUGAGUUGGAGUCAGCACAUCAGACACCUGAUGCCACUGUUGGCUCCUCAGUUGCUGCUGCCAGUUCUCAGAAGCAAGCCAAGAAAGUGGAAUCUCAGUCAAACUCUUCAAAAUCGGAAUCCAUGCAGAACAGUCCGAAAUCCUGCCCAACUCCGGAGGUGGACACCGCAAGUGAAAUGGAAGAACUGGAUGUUGACAGCAUCUCUCUAAUGCCAGAGCCAGGCAGCCAAGGCCCUGCAAAGCUCCAAGUGUUCUUAGCUCGGUACAGCUACAAUCCUUUUGAUGGACCUAAUGAAAAUCCAGAGGCAGAGCUUCCGCUGACUGCUGGAGAAUAUAUUUACAUCUAUGGAGAAAUGGAUGAAGAUGGCUUCUUUGAAGGGGAGCUGAUGGAUGGCCGGCGAGGGCUGGUCCCCUCCAAUUUUGUUGAGCGAGUCUCAGAUGAUGACCUCGUGACGUUUCUGCCUUCGGAGCUGAACGAUCUCACCCAUAGUUCAUACCGGGAGAAAAGUUUUGUCAGUGCAAGCACCAGCAGUGGAGAUAAGAGUGAUUUCUCUGUUGAAGAGAGUAGCGUCAGCCCGUUGACCAGUAGAGCAGAAGGAGACCAGGAGGAACCUGUUAGUCAUACAGCAGUGCCUUACCCAAGAAAAUUGACUUUGAUCAAGCAGCUUGCCAGAAGCAUAGUUGUAGGCUGGGAACCACCACUUUUGCCAGCUGGCUGCCCAGACGUACAAAGCUACAACAUCUAUGUGGAUGAAGAGCUACGUCAAAAUGUGAAGAGUGGCUUUCAGACCAAAGCAGUGAUUGAAAAGCUGGAUUUAAAGACAAAGGCUUACCGUGUAUCUGUGCAGACUGUGACAGAGCAAGGCAGUUCUGAUAAACUGCGAUGCACUUUCUUUGUGGGGCAAGAUUUUUGUAUGGCACCAACUAUGCUGAAAGUCAGAAGCGUCACUGCCACGUCAGCAGAGCUCACGUGGCUUCCCUGCAACAGCAAUUACAACCACGCAGUCUAUCUCAAUGGGGAGGAAUGUGACAUAACAAAACCUGGGGUCUACUGGUACACCUUCCGCAGCCUGCAGCCCAGCACUCAGUAUGUUGCCAAGUUGGAGGCUCGGCCCUUGAAAGCACCUUGGGAGGAGGUCCCACAGGGGCAGGAGCAGAACUCAGCUGUGAUACACUUCACUACCCCGCUAGCAGGCACACCUGAUGCUCCUUUGGAUGUCCAGGUAGAAGCUGGUCCCUCACCAGGUAUCCUUGUUAUCAGCUGGUUACCUGUCACCAUUGAUGCUGAAGGAUCUUCCAAUGGAGUUCGAGUCACGGGUUACGCUGUGUAUGCGGAUGGACAGAAGGUGAUAGAAGUGACUUCUCCAACAGCUGGGAGCGUCCUGGUGGACUUGGCCCAGCUUCAGAUGUUCCAGGUGUGCCGGGAGGUGUCUGUGAGAACGAUGUCUCUGUAUGGGGAGUCGGUAGAUUCGGUUCCAGCCCAGAUUUCCCCGGUUUUGCUGCGAGCCUCUCACCACUCUUCACCUUCAGAUUCUGCUGUUUCUACCACUUUUACCUCUAGACUGCUCCGUGGAGAGCCCAGGGGCUCUCUGCCUUCACGCAACCCACCCACCCACCACACGGCUGCGCUCCUGCUUCGACAGAACAUUCCCUCUGAUACCUCAGAUGCCAAAUUGACUGAUGUCUCCUCCAGCCCCAAGGGCUCAGCGCCAUCUCUGCCAGAGAAAGCCUCUUCACCACCACACCUCUCCUCUCCCAGUGCUUCCUUGGAGCAGGUUUUAGGCACUUCCCCACAGGGAUCAGAUGCUGCCCGAGACAAGAAAUGCCUCACUGUGCCUCCUCAGCAAGCUGGCAGCACAGUGCUCCCCAGUGAGGGCACGGAGCCUGUCCCUUCAAGGGAAGCAGAAUUGCAAGGCCUGGGUGAAGGAACAGAAUUGCAAAUGGAGCAAUCUGUAACCAAAGCACCAGAGCUGGAAAGCCCGUCUGCCAGCAGUCUGAAGAUGCAUAUGGAGGCCUGCCAUACAUGCUCUGUGGAAGAGUCACCAGAAGGUGCCAGUGCUGAAAGAGGGAAAGAGACAAAGGAGAAACACUUGAGCCCAGAGCCUCUGCCCUCCCCCAGCCAGGCUGAGGGCACAGAGAGCACUUUCCGAGGAGACAUAAGCAAGGCUGGGAGCAGCUGCCAGGAAUUCCUGAGGCUGUCCCCAGGCAAAGAGGUGAUGAAAGAAAUGUCCAGAGUGGAGAGAGAGCAAGAAGAAAAACUAUCUGAAAUGGGAAGACGACCACUGACCCUUUUUGCUGAGCACAACCGUAGUUCUGACCUUUCAGAUAUUUUGGAAGAGGAGGAAGAAGAUGAACUGUCUUCAGAAGCUCUGGAAGAGAAGAAAUGGGACCAGAGAGAGCUAUGUUACGGGGAGAAUGGGGAAAAGAUGGAUCUUUAUGAUACUGACAGCGAUGAGGAGAUUCUGGAGAGGAUACUAGAGCUGCCGCUUCAGAAGAACCACAGCAAAAAAUUGUUUAGCAUCCCUGAAGUGACUGAGGAUGAGGAUGAAGAUGAGGAUGAGAAUUGUGUUACGGAGGAAAAGGCGGAUCCUCAAGACUCCCAGGAAACACUUACCUACCAUUCAGGAAGAACAGAGAAGACACUCAACAUCAAGGAGCCGUUUCUAGAGGCAGAUGGGAGUAACACCUCCCUGGCUCUGUCUGCUCAGACGCCGCAGGAGGAGCAUGGUGUUAAGGAGAGCAGAGGGGAUGCUGACCAUGCAAAUCCUGCCUCUGUCCAGAUGGCCUGGAGUCAGAAGAAACCCAACUGGAACUGUGGCUACCAGGAGAAUGAUCUGAAGUCUGGGACUGGGGCAAGUCCUGCUCGGAGCAAGAAGAAGGGAAGUAAUUAUCGAGAGAAGACCUGGAGUCGGCUUGAGAUGGGUAGGAAGAGACAGAAUGAUUUAACAGAACACUGCAGUCGUCUGCUGGGCAACUGCAGUCAGAUGGGAGGAGGGUUAUACAGAGCUCCCAGCCUCAGGGAAGAGCUGAACAUUGUGAGCAGUGCUGGUGAUAAAGAGGGGUUUGAUAUGUACAGUCGUGCCAGACUAGGCACCCUGCGAAAAAACCACACGAAAGCAGUGGUUCCAGGGUUUGCAGAACCUGCUGUGGUGGCAACACGCUGCUCCAACCCCAGGAGCCUGGAAAUAGACAUUGAAUAUGACUCUGAAGAUGAUGAGGAUUCGACCUGUGCUUCCCCCCCUCAGAGGAGGCUGUGGCCAGAAAGGUCCCAGAGCUGUCAGGGGGACUGGAGUGAUUGCUCCAGUCAAUCCGAGGUUGCCCACAUGGAUGGCAGAAGGGACCUGACCAGACUGGAGAUGGUGGAAGAGCAGGGGAUGGAGUGGGCUGGGUCUCCAAACCAGCGCUUGAGAUUCUUCUGCCAGGAGAAGGAAGCACUGAGAUGUGAGAGCAGUUCUGAGGAGCAGGGCUGGGAGCUGGACUGUAAGUCACCUGGCUGGAGAAGGAGGCUCGAACAUCCUUCGAAGGGGAUACGUAGCACCUCCUUGCACAAAAGGGCAGCCAGUAACAAAGAUCCUAGGGGUCAGGAGCUGCCUGGCACUGCCUGGCAGGCUCCCAGCAGGAGAGGGAACAGAAGCAUAAGAAGCAGCCAAAUGCAGAAGCCUGUGCUCUCCAGUGCAGGUCCUCCAAGGAGCACCGCUUCAGAAGCCUCUGUUAAGGAUGAUGGCAUUAGAAUAUUUGUGGCUCUCUUUGACUACGAUCCUGUUUCUAUGUCUCCUAACCCUGAUGCAGCAGAAGAGGAGCUCCCAUUUAAGGAGGGACAGAUCCUGAAAGUGUGUGGAGACAAGGAUGCUGAUGGCUUUUACAGGGGUGAAUGUGCAGGAAGGGAGGGCUACAUUCCAUGCAACAUGGUAUCAGAAGUCCAGGUGGAGAAUAAUGAGAUCAAGAAACAGCUCCUAAAGCAAGGGUUCCUGCCUGCUGACACACCGAUGGAAAGCAUAGGAAAUGGCACAUUUUCUCCACCUCCACGCCGCCAAAGCGUCCCUCCUCCAAAACCCAGACGCUCCAAGAAAGGAUCCUCAGAUGUUUGUCUCUGUACGACUGCUAGGAAGUGGAAAGAGAGCCCAACCCUAUGCUGCUGGCUGGAUAAACAGGAGAAGUACAAGUCUCAUCUAGGGCAGAAGCAUAAAGACUUUGAAGCUGAACUGCUUACUCCUCGUCGUAUGGUGGCUGUCUUUGACUAUAAUCCUAAGGAGAGCUCUCCAAAUGCAGAUGUAGAGGCUGAACUGACUUUCAGUGCUGGGGACAUUAUCACUGUGUUUGGGUCCAUGGAUGAUGAUGGAUUCUAUUAUGGAGAGCUGAACCAACAGAGAGGGCUUGUCCCAUCUAACUUCUUGGAAGCUGUACCUUUGGAUGGAGGCAUGGCUGAGGAGCUGCAUUCAAAAGAUAAAGAAGCUUUUCCAGUGAGUGCUGAGAGCCAGAGAAUGAGGAAGAGAAGAGUCCAGUGAUAGAUAUGAAUGAUACAUAGACAGAGAGAGAGCAACCAUUUAAAUCCAGAUGGGUCUGUUGAGCAGAAUGACUCCUCACCAACUCCUCCUACUCUACCACCCUCCUGCCUUGGCAUGGGCGAGCAGUGUCCAGAGCAGGCAUCACUGGCCGUUCUCAAAUGCAGUCAUGUACCUGGUCAGAGUAAAAAGAAGAGGGGCUUUUUCUUCAGAGGAAAAGAGCUCUUCAAAAAACUUGGGUCCAGUAAGAAAAAUUAGUAAGGGAUUUGUUGUUCUGUAAAGAUUGCCUGUGCAGUCCCCACAGAGACUGCCAAUUCAGGAAAAGCCCUCUGCAAUAAGCUCACUGGAGUGUUUUCACAGGGGAAAAGUGUAUAUUCGAUAGAGAAAACUCUUCAGUGGGUCUGCGAGCUGUGGGUUCUGCUGAGAGUGCGGCCAUGGGUGCCCACCCACUGAGGGCAGUGGCUCUGAACACAGCGUCAUAGCACUGGGGGGUGUGAGGCCUCAGCUCUAGGACACAGCUACCUCCACAGUAGAGUGUCCUGCCCCGGGCAGCCCUCAGUGCACCAGUUCCCUGUAAAUAUUUUCAUUUAAAAGUUAUAUUCUGGCUGUAAGUUUGCUGAAUGGCUUUUCCCAGCAAAGCCCCGGCCCCUGAAGAAGAGAUCCCUUGUCCUCCACACCCUGGUAUUUCUCUGGUCCAAAGGAGGUUGUGUCAACUCCUUCGCUUCCUGCAAAGAAAAUUUGCACUUCUCUGUUCCCAUGAAUCCCCUUUGCUGUCUCUGGGCUGAGGAGUGAGUUCUUUGUUCUGUCAACCUGUAAAUAUGCAGCUGUGCCUAGGAGCAUCCCACACCGCCUCAGUCCUGUUCGGCACCACUGUGCAGGGAGGAGCAAUACCCUGAACGGGUCCAUACUUCUGCCUGUGAGGUGGGCUACUGGAAGCUGCUCCUGUGGUUCACCUUGACCAGACACUGGCUGGGGACCCCGCCUUAUUUAGUUCUUUAUUAUUUCUCUCAUUUAUUUAUUUAUUUAUUUGGUUUGUUGGAUGGUGUCUGCCUGUUUCACAGUUUUCUUUGGCUGUUUCAAUGGGCUGCUCCCGAGUUGGAGCAUUUGGAAAGCAGAGCUGGGGAUGGAGAGUUUGCAGCUAUUUUCAUAGAGAUGAUGUGUUCCUUGAGUUCAGACACAUCCCUUUCUAAGCCACGGAGAGUUUUGUACUACAUGGUUUCUAUCCUUUUCAGUGUUUCUUUCUUUGCAUGUUUUGGUGGGGUACUUGUUUUGAGAAGGACAAUUCCCUGAGGUACGUGAAUGAUGCCAGCACAGUGUCCAGAGUGUUGGUGAUAUGGUAUGUUUUUAUUUAAUAUCAAAUUUUAUUAUAAUAAAGUCUAUUUUCACAAAAACACAUUUUCCUUAAAAAA